CCUCGCGCGGCCCGGGCGGGAGCGGAGUUCUGGGCGCCCCGCCCCGGACCGCCCAGCCGCGCGGCGGCUUCUGUUUACUUUCGGCCGAGUUUUUCCUGCUCGGGGGCAGGUGCCAGGGCGCUCCCGGCGGCUGCGCGUCCUCCCCGCCGGCCCUUGCGCCGGGGGAUGCGGGCGGCGGCGACGGCAUGGAGUUCCCCGGGCACGGCGGGCGGCUCCUGGGCCGCCUGAGGCAGCAGCGCGAGCUGGGCUUCCUGUGCGACUGCACCGUGCUGGUGGGCGACGCGCGCUUCCCGGCCCACCGCGCCGUGCUGGCCGCCUGCAGCGUCUACUUCCACCUCUUCUACCGCGACCGGCCGGGGGGCGGCCGCGACGCGGUGCGGCUUAACGGCGACAUCGUCACGGCGCCCGCCUUCGCGCGCCUGCUGGACUUCAUGUACGAAGGCCGCCUGGAUCUGCGCGGGCUGCCGGUCGAGGACGUCCUGGCCGCCGCCAGCUACCUGCACAUGUACGACAUUGUCAAGGUGUGCAAGGGCCGCCUCCGGGAUCAGGAGCGGGGCGCGGAGGCCCCAGGCGCCGAGCCGUCGUGCCCCCAGCCCGCUUGGACCCCUGACCUCUGCCCAGCCGCCCGGAAGGCCAGGGUCCCCGCGGUGGAAGCCAAGGCCGCCCUCCCCCCACGAGCAGCCCGGCCACCUCCCUGGCAGGCCCCAGGAGAGGCCGACCGGGCCCUGGACCUGUCGCUGAAGCCGAGGCCGGAUCCGGUGCGCCCACCCCGCGUCCCGCAACCAGACCCCUGCAGCCGCCCGCAGCGAGGGUCCCAGCCACUGGUCAAGGCCGAGCAGGACUCGCUGUCGGGACAGGAGGAGGGCAGCGGCCCCGAGAGCCCCGGUAGCCCCCUGUCGCCCCCCUGUGCGUCUGCCACCGAGCGCCUGGCGGCGGACCUGGAGCCUCUGCGGGUCAGCGGGGCGCGGGGCACGGAGCGGGUGCCGGGUGGGCCCCACCGCGUCUGCCCGCUGUGCAGCAAGCUCUUCCCCAGCGCCCAUGUGCUGCAGCUGCACCUCAGCGCCCACUUCCGCGAGCGCGACGGCGCCCGGGUCCGGCUGUCCCCCGACGGCGCGGCGCCCACGUGCCCGCUGUGCGGGAAGGCCUUCUCCUGCAUGUACACGCUGAAGCGGCACGAGCGCACGCACUCGGGCGAAAAGCCCUACACCUGCGUUCAGUGCGGCAAGAGCUUCCAGUACUCGCACAACCUGAGCCGCCACGCCGUGGUGCACACGCGCGAGAAGCCUCACGGCUGCCGCUGGUGCGAGCGCCGCUUCACGCAGUCCGGGGACCUCUACCGCCACGUGCGCAAGUUCCACUGCGGCCUCGUCAAGUCCCUGCUGCUGUGACGGUCCCUGAGCCCCCCCGGCGUGGGUGGAAGGGAAGGGACCGGUCCCCCAAACUGGGUCCCCCUGUGGGACGGAGGCUCAGGCCGGGUGGAAGCCCCAAACCUGGACAGCUUCCCUCAUGUUGCCUCCGGGAACGUGGACUCGGAUGCAGGGCUGGGGGGCACUCGGGCACCCUUCCUCCACACCGUGCUUCCCCCACCCCACACUCCCGCACGCACUCCUGAGCCCACAUGCGGAGAUGGCACCCAGUGGGUGCUGGUUCUUCCUGCGAAGUGCCCCUGGCACCGACUUCCUCUCUUCAUCCUCUCCUGCUGCUCCGAGUGUGUCCACUGGGCACUGAGCUCCAGCUGCCUCGGUGAGAGGUGGCAUGUGUCUUUCUGAGGGAGCGCCUGGCUGGCACACCGAGGUUUACUCUUGGGAGCUGAGCACCACACUAGGUGAAGGAUGUGUGUGUCAGAGAAGCUGUUGGAGUGAGUUGCCUGCCGGCCCCUAGGGAAGAAGCAGGCCACUCCUGGGGCCACGACAGCAGGAGCCCCUGCUGGGGCAGCCCGGGGCACAGCACAUGCCAGCAGGGGCUUCCGGCACAGCUGGUGUUGCAAGGGGCCCAGGCCCAGCAGGGUCUCUAGGCUGUCAAGAGCAGAGUUGUCUAGCAGCUGAGUGGCUCUAGGGCUCAUUUUGGUGAGGACCCUAGGCGAAGGAAGCAGAGGGUGGGGUAAGCGCCUCCCUGUCCUCGAACGUGCCACCCUGACCACACAGUGACCGGGCAGAGAGCAGGGGUUAGGGGAUUGAUUCUUUUUAGUGCCAGAAUGCACCUCCUGAGGUUGCCAGAUGUUUGUGGUGGGCAGUGGGCCAUGCCACCUCCCUGCUGGACGCCUUGAGCACCUCAGGGGUAGGGCCAUGGCUGGGAACAGCUGAGGGUGGGCCUGACCCUGACCGUCACUCUCCCGGCUCACUCACCUUCUGGGUCUGAUUAUUUACAAAGCCCUGGGCGAGGGAGCCAAGGGCUAUUCACCUUACGAGGCGUGCCCUUUGCAUGGGGCUCCCUUCUCCAUGGAGAACUCAGGUGGAAGAACCCUAUGCUUCCAAAGGGACACAAGUCCCCCCUCCCCCGCAGCCUGGAUGAGAAUGGCUGGUGUUUGCAUUUGAUCUGGAUGGCCUGCCUCUCCUGCCCACUCACGAACACCUCUGCCUGCUGUGACCUGUGUGGUUGUGGCAGGGGACGAGGAGAGACCCCAGCUCCGGGGUCCUGCUCACAGCUGAGCCUCCUGGGCUCAUGGUUUUCCAUAGACCGCCUAGGAUAUUUUUGUCUUGAUUGGACAUGGCACUGAGGACAAAGUCCUGCUAAGUUAUUUUUCUCUUCUCCUGACGAUACUUGAGGUGUUUAUUAGUCGGCCCGUUCUGGAGGGAAAUUAUCUCGGUCGUCACAGGGAUGGACAGAUGGGUGGUUCCUCUUGCUGUGAGCCCGGCUCUCCUGCUGUGGCGGCCAGCCUGGGAAUGCAGCACCUCCUCUCUACCAGACAGCUGGGUGGAGGGGCCUGCUGUGACUGUCCUGGUCCCCAGCCCCCACCCCUGGGAAGGGUCUGCGGGGCUUUGCACUGGUGUGAUGUGCUCCGGGACCUGGCUUCCCAAGCGUGUGUGUGUGUGUGUGAGUGUGAAUGCGUGUGAGUGCGAAUGCGUGUGAGCAUGUGUGAGUGUGUGUGAGUGUGAAUGCGUGUGCGUGGAUGUGCAUGUUUAUCCAGCAAACAGCAGGGUCUGAGGGCAGCCCUGCAGACAGGGGGGCACACCACCCUCCGAGCGGGGAGACUGGGCUGGGCUCUGGCUUUGCCCCAGCUGUUUCUGUGGGGAAAGCAAUUUACUUUCCGGGGGUGGGGAAACCGCCCCCAGUUACAACACUGGAUUCACCGUCUUCUGCGCACAGUCACUGUGAAGUUAACGUGAGAGAAGUGGUCGGUUUUCCUUCUCUAACUGACGGUUCAGAGGAACUGUAUGUAUUUGGUGCACCAGUUGUGGGGGGGGGGGCGUGUGCUGUGGGGGAGCGUGUGCUGGAGGUGUGUGCAGACCUGUUUCUGGUGGGUCUGCUGUGCCAGUCCUCUGGGGCCAGGCAGCCUCCUACAGGCAGUCCCACUGCUGCUAGGGCUGGCCCACGGGUGACCCUGGAGGACAGUUGCCCUCACCGGCAUUGGGCAGGAGGUUUUGUGACCGUCCUGGGAAGGGGUAGGUCUUAUAUCACGCCCUCACUAAUGCUGCCAAUGGUAAUAAAGCCCACCCCAGGUGGACGUGGCUUGAUUAUUCCUGGGCUAGGGCGGGGGCCCUGCUGGUCCAGCUCAUGGGGGCAGAAGAAGUCAGGCCAGGGGUGGAGGGCCCAGGUGGGCAGUGCUGUGUGUGGGGCUGGGCAGCGGAGGGCUGAGGACAGGUGGCGCAUCAUCUUUCCCCAGGCUUCGUGCCCAUGCAACCCUGAGUGAGCCAAGCGGAGCCCCAGGGAGGCAGGUUUGUGUCAGGAAAGGGUCCCUGUCCCUGCUGGAUGCAGGCUGGGGUGGGACAGGGAGGCCCCAGUGGCUUCUUGCCCAGGGGCAGGAGGAUGGCCCACAGAGGGAUCCUGGCCUUCAGCGGGGUCUUGGGCCUGGGGCCUCCUGGUUCUGGGGUCCUGGUGGCCGCAGAGGGAGGAUCCUCCUCCUACCCCAUCUCCCCCCCACCACCUCCUUCCAAAGACAACCCCAACCCCCCUGCCUCUCCCUCCUCUGGCUGCCCAGCCGCAGCAUGCACACCCUUGGUUGUGGGGGGGAGCCGAGCUCCCACCUCUGUACCCCAUUUACAUGCACCUCUCAGAGUGGGAUAGCCCAUAGGCUCAGGCUUGAGGCCCCUAUGCAAGAAGUGGGCCAGGCUUGGAUUUUAUUGUGUCUCCUUUCUGUCAGCCCCUGGGGACCCUGCCUGCUCAACCACCCCAGCUGGGGUGGGGUCCAGAGCUGUCCACAUCCCCCAGGCAGGCCAGCUGAGCCCUGGGCUGACGGAGCAGGGUGGCCAGUUCCAGCUCCCCCUCCCCCUUGCAAGGGGGCGUUAGGGGGUGUCUCCCUGACCCUCCCGUGGGCUUUGCUUCCGUGCAAGGCCAUGAACAGGUGAGGCAGAAAAGCCUCUGUGGUGCCCUGAGCACUGUCCUGGCUGAAGCGCCCUCUCAGCCUGGCCUGGAAAGGUCCAAGCUGAGGGUGGGGCAGGGCCGUGCUGGCCACAGGGUCUUGUGAAGCCAAGGUGGUGCCAGAAGGGCCUGCCCGUUCUCAGGCCAACUUUGGUGUCCUUCCCAAUCCUGGCCCCAAAUACAAGUCUUUGCUCUAGGAGGUGGUGACCCUGGUCCCCUUCCUCCCGUUGAGUGUUGGUGGGAGCAGAGCACCACCCCACAGGGAGAUGCCGCCAUACAGCUGGUUGGGCCUGUGACUCGGCCAUCUCAAACCCCGGGGGAGGCUGUUGCCAUGCCAACCAUG